AUAUGCAAUUAAUCAAUCAUUAAAUAUAAUAAAAUAGCAUUUUUGAUGAUUAAUCAAUAUCAACGCUAAUAGCAAUUGGUCACUAUUUUUUGGCCUAUGUGUUGGCCAGUCUAACAUUAUCCUUAUCAAUAUAGUAUAUAAGGACAAAGAGUAAGGAGGUGGUCUCCAUUGAUUACUAAAUAACAAAUUCUAUUACAAUUUUGGCACAAUCUCUUUGAUGGCCCUUAAUUCCCAUAUAUAGUUAGGGGUGUGGACAUGUUUAGCACCUGUUAUCAGUCAAAGAAAAUCUUCUAUAUGUUCACAUUGUAAAUUGUUUCAUAUUCGUACUCUUUUGCAUCAUCCACGACCAAACCUCUUUGAAACAUAUUGUCAAGCCACCUUUAAUUUACCUAAUCCACUAUGGAAAUCUAGUUAGCUAAGAUUUAUAGAAUGAUAUCAAGUUCCAGUUCCAACAGAGAGAGAGAGAGAGAGAGAGCAAUGGCGUUGACAUGGAGAAAGGCAUACCUGGAUAUAGUUUUGGUCCCAAUUGGACUAUUGAUCAUGCUUGGAUACCAUCUCUUCCUUCUCUACAGAGUCCUAAAACUUCCUCAGACCACAGUCAUAGGCUACGAAAACCACAACAAAAGAGCUUGGGUUGAGAGAAUGAUGCAGGUUGAAGCAAAGGACAGAGGGUUAGCUCUAUCCGUGAUCAACAGCAACAUAUCAGUGGCAAUUUCCCUGUCUUCAAUCUCCCUAGUUCUGAGCUCUCUAAUAGGAGCAUGGAUUGGAAGCUUCUCCGAAAACAUUUUCACAAGCAAUAUUAUAUACGGAGACACAAGCCCAUCAACCAUUUCCAUCAAAUAUAUUGCUCUACUUUCCUGCUUCCUAAUAUCUUUUGCUUCUUUCGUGGAAACUACUAGGUGCUUUGUUCAUGCCAAUUUUCUCAUAACCAUGCCAAACGCUGACAUUCCUGCAACCUACGUCCAGAAGGCAGUGACAAGAGGAAGUAAUUUCUGGGCAGGUGGCCAUCGAGCACACUAUUUCGCCACCACUUUGUUGAUGUGGCUUUUUGGUCCCAUCCCAAUGUUUAUUUCCGUGGUAGUAAUGGUGGCAGUGUUACAUAAGUUAGACACAAAUUCAAACCCUCUGCAUCAAUAUCAGUCACGCCAGAGUCAUAACCUUUUCAAGAAGAUUGGUCAGGAAAUUACUGCCAUCACUAGGACCAUUGAGCAUGAGGAACUACCGCAUGGAAAUGGAAGCAGAAACCAGUUGUCCAACCUUGACAACAGCCUGCAACUGUAAGAUCAGAGCAACAAGGGAAAUACAGUACUCACUCGGCUCCAAUUAGGGAGCUUAUUCCACAGCCAAAAGCAAAAGAAGUUCAACACUCUUUAUCUUUUUGUUAAUUUCACAGGUUUAAAAUAGGAAAUUUUCAAAUGGCUCUCGCAAUUUCUGUUUAGAACUUUCUCACUGAUUGCCUCCUCCAUGCCUAAAGGAAAUGCAAAUUCUGCUAGUCUGAACUACAUUUAACUUAGUUUGAUGUUACUAGAAGAACCAAAACAUUGUCACUGAAGUGGAUGAAUCCUCGCCAGAGCUUAAUGAUUCAAAAUCUGGCAGACCGGGGUCCAGAUUGCAGAAGUUGGCCUUCAAUCAAUCAGCAUCUAAGAUCUGCCCUAUAUUUGCAGGGUCAACCAAUGGUCAAUAUCUCAUCUAGAUGGCCUGAUGCGUUCAAGUCUAGUAGGAAAUCAGACUUGUCAUAGAGGGCCGAUCAGUUUUCUAACAAAUGUAAUGUCGUAAGCUUUAUGAAGCUUAUAGAUGAACCAGAGUGAAAGAGACUAGAGUAGGCAUCACCAACAAACAUCAAUAGAAUAUAGCACAUACCAUGACCAACUAGAGACAAGUUAUUUCAUCGGGAGGUUACCAAGAGGCCAGGAUGUUGGAAACCUCCAACCCCUAAAAAUUACACCUAAAAGUGUUAAACAUAUGUAAAAAUACUGUAUCUUCAACCCC